GCUCGUUUUUUCCUCUCUGCCGGAGAUUUCAUCAUCCGGCUCGUGUGGCUCGCCUCCGUGCGCGUGUCCGCCGUCGCUCCAUGCUGCUGAGAGCCGCAUCCGCCCUGCUGUCGAGACUCUCCUCCUCCUCCUCCUCCUCUUUCGCCGCCGCACUCCGCACGGCUCCAGCGCACUGUCCGCUCCCGGCCCGCCAGCUCUCCCUAUCCGCUCCUCUGUGCCGCGAAAAGCUCCAGACGAAGAAGAAGAACAACAAGAAGACGAAGGAGGAGGAGGAGAAGCUCAGCCUCAGGUUGCUGCCGCCACAACAAGGAGGGAAGAUGGACGGGAACGUGGAGGAGGUUCUGGCCCCUUUGAGGCUGGCCGUUAAAGAGCAGGGUGACCUGGUGCGUCGACUGAAGGAGGAGAAUGCCCCUGAGGUGGAUGUUGGCAAAGCCGUCGCAGAACUGAAGGCUCGCAAGAGGAUCCUCGAAGCCAAGGAACUGGCUCUGCAGCCCAAAGAUGACAUUAUUGACAGAGCCAAGAUGGAAGACACUCUAAAGAGGCGCUUUUUUUAUGACCAGGCCUUUGCAAUCUAUGGCGGUGUCAGCGGACUCUAUGAUUUUGGUCCGGUCGGCUGUGCUCUGAAGAACAACAUUCUCCAGGCCUGGAGGCAGCACUUCAUCCAGGAGGAGCAAAUUCUGGAGAUCGACUGCACCAUGCUGACCCCUGAACCUGUUCUGAAGACUUCGGGUCAUGUGGAUAAGUUUGCUGACUACAUGGUGAAAGAUGUCAAGAAUGGAGAAUGCUUCCGAGCCGACCACCUUCUGAAAGCUCACCUCCAGAAGUUGAUGUCUGACAAGAAAUGUUCUGCUGAGAAGAAAGCUGAAAUGGAUAAUGUGAUCACUCAGAUGGACAACUACAGUCAGGAGGAGUUGGCAGACCUCUUCGUGAAAUACAACGUCAAGUCUCCCACCACAGGGAAUGAUCUCACCCCUCCCAUCUCCUUUAACCUGAUGUUCCAGACUUCUAUUGGACCUGGGGGCAACAUGCCAGGCUACCUGAGGCCCGAGACUGCUCAGGGAAUCUUCCUCAACUUCAAGCGUCUGCUCGAGUUCAACCAGGGCAGAUUGCCCUUCGCUGCCGCCCAGAUUGGGAACUCAUUCAGGAACGAGAUCUCGCCCCGCUCCGGUCUCAUCCGGGUCAGAGAGUUCACCAUGGCAGAGAUUGAGCACUUUGUGGACCCCAAUGAGAAGGUCCACCCCAAGUUUGAGAGUGUGGCAGACCUGGAGAUCAUGCUUUACUCCUCCAAAGCACAGACCAGUGGCCAGUCAGCCUGCGUGAUGAAGCUGGGGGAUGCGGUAGAUCAGGGGGUGAUCAACAACUCCGUCCUGGGCUACUUUAUCGGGAGAAUCUACCUUUACCUGACCAAAGUGGGUGUGGCCAAGGACAAGCUGCGCUUCAGACAGCACAUGGACAAUGAGAUGGCCCACUACGCGUGCGACUGUUGGGAUGCUGAGACCAAAACUUCUUACGGCUGGAUUGAGAUUGUAGGGUGUGCUGACCGCUCCUGCUACGACUUGAAGUGUCACGCUCGUGCCACCAAGGUUCCUCUUGUUGCUGAGAAGCCUCUGAAAGAACCCAAAACGGUAAACGUCGUCCAGUUUGAGCCAAGCAAGAGCGCUAUUGGCAAGGCGUACAAGAAGGACGCCAAAUUGGCGAUGGAGUUCCUGGCUGUCUGCGAUGAGUGCUACAUCAGCGAGCAGGAGCAGCUCCUCACCGAGAACGGGGAAUUCACCUUCGAGACAGAAGGGAAGAGUUUCACGCUCACCAAGGACAUGGUCAGCGUGAAGAGGUUCCAGAAGACCCUGCAUGUGGAGGAGAUUGUUCCCAACGUCAUUGAGCCCUCCUUUGGCAUUGGAAGAAUUAUGUACUCCAUCUUUGAGCACACAUUCCACAUCAGAGAAGGUGAUGAGCAAAGAACGUAUUUCAGCUUCCCUGCCACCGUAGCGCCCUACAAGUGCUCCGUCCUCCCCCUUAGCCAGAACCAGGAGUUCAUGCCUUUCGUCCGAGAGCUGUCUAACGCAAUGACCAAAAACGGCGUGUCCCACAAGGUGGAUGAUUCCUCGGGGUCCAUCGGCAAGCGCUACGCCCGCACCGACGAGAUCGGUGUUGCGUUCGGCAUCACUAUCGACUUCGACACCGUGAACAAGACUCCUCAUACGGCCACGCUGAGGGACCGUGACUCCAUGCGCCAAAUCAGGGCAGAGAUCUCUGAGCUGCCGGGCAUCGUCCGAGACCUUGCCAACGGGGGCACCACAUGGGCGGAGGUGGAGGGCAAGUACCCCAUCUUUGAGGGCCAGGAGACGGGCAAAAAGGACACCACCGACGAGUAAAUCACGAGAGCAACCAGCCCCCUUCCCAGCCACGAGCAACAGACUUUUGUACUGUCAACGGGAACAAUUUCGUCCCGAAUUUAACUUCCCAAACUGUGUGCACCAGUGAAAGUCCCACUGUCUUCACGGCUGCCACGACAACUGUAAUAGAAUAAAAAUCCAUCCUCGAUAUGUAAUUAUUGUGCUUUGUGUCUAAUAAAGACUGCCUCCUGCCUG